CCCGAACCUCUGAACCCAACCCAGUCCCCGGGAUCCUCAGCCCCACCCCACUGCAGGGGAGGAUGGGUGAUGGACCUGUGAGUCUCCCUGGCCUCUCUCCUUCCAUCUCUCUCAUCCUCUCAUGGAGCCUCCUUCUGACACCUCCAGCUCCCACUGGAACACCUCCACCUCUCUCUCCGGACCUCCAGGGCCAUGGCUCCCAGCCCUCCCAGUCUCGCUGCACCCCAACGUGAGCUUUCCCGAGGGCAUCGGCGCCGGCGGAGACCCCCUGUCCUUGACCCACUCCCUUGCCCUGUGUGCCAUGCUCCUCAUGGACCUCCUGGCCGUUGUAGGCAACCUAGCUGUCAUGGCCGUCAUCACCAAGACGCUGCAGCUGAGGAAGUUCGCCUUCGUGUUCCACCUGUGUCUGGUCGACCUGCUGGCGGCUCUGGUUCUGAUGCCUCUGGGGAUGCUGUCGGACCGGAUCUGGUUGCAAGAUGAGGCGCUCUGCCAGAGCUACCUCUGCCUAAGUGUGGGGCUGGUCAGCGCCGCCAUUUUGUCUAUCUCAGCCAUCAACGUGGAGAGGUAUUACUACAUCAUUCACCCGAUGCGCCAUGAGGUGAAAAUGACAGUAAGGGUGGUUGUGGCGGUGUUAGUCGGGAUCUGGGUCAACGCUAUUGUGAUGUCAGCUCUGCCUCUACUGGGUUGGUUCCCCCAGGGAAACCAGGGGGUAGGGGUCGGGCUCGGAGGGGGACUAGGGAGUCCCAUGAUCCCGGGUCCUCCAAGCCAGAGACGUUGCUCCCUACACUGGACCGGAGGAGGAGGGACCACAUGGUUCAUCUUCAUGGUCUUCUUCACUUUUGUCUACUUCCUGUGUCCAGUACUGAUCAUCCUGGUUGUGUACUGUAACAUGUUUAAAGUAGCCAGGGUGGCAGCCAUGCAGCAUGGCCCCUUACCUACCUGGAUGGACACACCUGGGCCCCGCCCUCAACGCUCCGAGUCCCUCAGCAGCCACUCCACCAUGGCUGUCAGCUCGGGGGGCCCUGGGGGCUCAUGUCCUCCACUCCGCACCCCCAGUCAGAGGACCUUCAACGGGGGUAAAGCUGCGGCAGUCCUGGUGGCGGUUGGAGGCCAGUUCCUAUGCUGCUGGCUACCUUACUUCUCCUUCCACCUGUACUCCGCCCUGGUCUCCACCUCCCCGACCUCCCUGGCUUCGGCCCAGCUGGAGGAAGUCGUGACCUGGAUUGGUUACUUCUGCUUCACCUCCAACCCUUUCUUCUACGGCUGUCUGAACCGGCAGAUCCGCACAGAGCUGGGCCGAAGCCUGGCCUAUCUCUUUAAGUGGGCGGGGCCGGGCGACGGGGAUCAGCUGACCAGCCGAGAGGCCUCCAUCGAGGAGAACUUCCUCCAGUUCCUCCAGGGGACAGAGUGCAAUCUGGAGCCCUGCGGAUCCCAGGCACACAGCAGGGCCAGCAGGACUGAGGAGAAGGCGGGGGAGAGGGGCCGUCUUGGAGAUGGACCUCGUCAGGACAACACGCCGGGCCAGGAACACACGCCUGUUGACUUCCACAUCCCUGGACAGAUUAUCGAGGAGACCUCGGGAGUCCUUGGAGCGGCAGCAUCUGAAUCUGAACAAUGACAUCAACCUGGUCGGAAAACUGCUGCAGGGUGAACAGGACAGUGCUGGACAGUGCCUGAGCUGUGGUACUGGACGGUCAUGUGUACAGUAGGCCUGUUUUUUUGGACCAGGCGUCAGAGGUGGAAACACCAAAGCCUUAGUCUGUAGGCCAAGCACCUGUGUAAAGUCCUAUGGUGGAAACGGCAGGUAGAUGACAUGUUAUUUAGAACGUCCGGGUAUUCUAUUCGAUGCUGUACUUGAUGAUUUUGUGUCCACGUUUGCUACAGUUGGAUUAUGGGACAUUAUGUGUACCCAGUGAGUGAGACGUUGCUUUUAAGCUACAGCUACAGUGAAGAAUUCAGGCUAUUAUUAUGUCCUUUACGGGAGAUGAAGCAGAUGUUAUAUAGCGGGUGUAGCGAAAUACUUGUAAGGAGGUAUGAUGCAGGGUUGGUGGAAAUUCCAUUUUAAUACAGUAAACUCAGGAAAUAAACUGAAAAUUCCAAUUCCAAUCAUCCUCAAUGCUUUUCUAUUAGGUUUACAUCCUAAACUGACCCCAACCCUGGUAUGAUGACGUCGGUACCCGUUUUCCAUUAAGACCAAAACCCCUUCCAUCAAAUAUACACUGCCAGUCUAUCUACCUCCCGUGUUUCCUGACAAUCAAUGUGUCUUUUCCUACAGAGGUAUCUUCUGGUUUGGGAGAGAAC